ACAACGGUGGUGGGGGAAGCUGUAUCAAUCAAACAGGCGUAGCUAGCAACGUGUUCGUCAUCGUGGUACUUUGUUUCGCUCCUUUUUGCCGUGGAAAACCGCGAUGAAGAUCGAGGAGGUGAAGAGCACCGCCAAGACCCAGAGGAUCUCCGCUCACACGCACAUCAAGGGGCUGGGGCUCGAUGAGAAGGGCACAGCCAUCCAAAAUGCAGCCGGUCUCGUCGGCCAGGAAAUGGCACGAGAGGCAGCAGGCAUUGUUGUCGAUAUGAUAAAGUCCAAGAGAAUGGCGGGACGUGCUAUACUGUUGGCCGGUCCACCAGGCACAGGCAAGACUGCGAUAGCUCUUGCCAUUGCUCAAGAACUUGGUAACAAGGUGCCUUUUUGUCCCAUGGUUGGUUCAGAAGUCUACAGUUCGGAAAUCAAGAAAACAGAGGUCCUCAUGGAGAAUUUCAGGAGGGCCAUUGGUUUGAGAAUCAAAGAAACAAAGGAAGUAUAUGAGGGUGAAGUCACAGAACUGACACCUAUAGAAACGGAGAAUCCUAUGGGUGGUUAUGGUAAAACUGUGUCACACGUAGUCCUUGGAUUGAAGACUUCUAAAGGCACAAAACAGUUAAAGCUGGAUCCCUCCAUAUAUGAGUCUCUGCAAAAAGAGAAGGUAGAGACUGGCGAUGUAAUUUACAUCGAAGCCAAUAGCGGUGCGGUAAAGAGACAAGGUCGGAGUGAUAAUUUUGCUACCGAAUUUGAUUUGGAAGCAGAGGAAUAUGUUCCCUUGCCAAAAGGUGAUGUACACAAAAAGAAGGAAGUCAUUCAAGAUGUGACAUUGCAUGAUUUAGAUGUUGCCAACGCCAAGCCGCAAGGAGGACAAGACAUAAUGUCCAUGAUGGGACAAUUGAUGAAGCCUAAAAAAACCGAAAUUACAGAUAAAUUGCGGAAAGAAAUAAACAAGGUAGUAAACAAGUACAUCGAUCAAGGCAUUGCCGAGUUAGUACCAGGCGUAUUGUUCAUAGACGAGGUCCACAUGCUAGAUAUAGAAACAUUUACCUAUCUGCAUCGCGCGCUAGAAAGCGCUAUAGCACCGAUCGUCAUUUUCGCUACAAAUCGUGGCCGUUGCGUGAUCCGGGGAACCGAAGACAUCAUCUCUCCACACGGCAUCCCUCUCGAUCUGUUGGAUCGUCUGCUCAUCAUCAAGACUCUUCCAUAUUCCAGACAAGAGAUUGAACAGAUAGUGAAGCUGAGAGCUGUGACAGAAGGACUUCAAAUCGAGGAUGAAGCUCUGUCUGCUCUUAGCGAACUCGGCACGAAAACGACUCUGCGAUACGUAGUGCAACUUUUAACACCCGCAGCUUUGGCUGCAAAGAUUAAUGAAAGAACUAGUAUCAAGAAAGAGGAUGUUGAAGAAGUCAAUACACUUUUCUUGGAUGCUAAAUCAUCUGCUAAGAUACUCACACAAAAUCAAGAUAAGUUUAUGAAAUAAAGACUAGUCUGUUCAAUAA